GAAUACGUGUGGUAGUUUCCAGACCUCACUGGAGUGGAGUCCCAUUCCAGAUGUCUCUCAUUGCCCCCUGUAUGUAUAUAUCAUCUCCUCAUCCCCCUUCAUUCCUCCCUCAGUUAGAAAAUCAAACAUACAUUCGACAAUUCCCUCUGUAAUAAAUUCGCACGAUCAUUCAGUUUUCUUACUCUCUUCAACUAGCAAUUCAAGGUUUAUAAUAAAACUUACUAUCAGAAAUGAAUCCUGACAAGUUCACACACAAGACAAAUGAGGCAUUGGCUUCAGGUCAUGAACUAGCCAUGGACGCUGGACAUGCGCAGUUCACUCCGCUGCAUAUCGCGGUAUCGUUGAUAUCUGAUCCGAACGGCAUAUUUAGACAAGCAAUUAGCAAUGCUGGUGGUGAAGAGGCUGGUAAUUCAGCUGAGAGGGUUUUCAAUCAAGCAUUGAAAAGACUCCCUUCACAGUCCCCUGCACCUGAUGAAGUUCCAGCAAGUACUUCUUUAAUCAAAACGAUUCGCCGAGCUCAAUCGUUGCAAAAAUCACGCGGCGACACUCAUUUGGCGGUUGAUCAGUUGAUUUUAGGGCUUCUUGAAGAUUCACAAAUUGGGGAUCUUUUGAAAGAAGCUGGAGUGAGUGCAUCCAGGGUGAAAAGUGAGGUGGAAAAGCUUAGAGGUAAAGAAGGGAAGAAAGUGGAAAGUGCUUCUGGUGAUACUAACUUCCAAGCGCUUAAAACGUACGGUCGUGAUCUCGUGGAGCAGGCCGGAAAGCUUGAUCCUGUGAUCGGACGCGAUGAGGAGAUCAGGAGAGUGAUUAGGAUUCUAUCUAGACGAACAAAGAACAACCCGGUUUUGAUCGGAGAACCUGGUGUGGGUAAGACCGCUGUUGUUGAAGGGUUAGCUCAAAGGAUUCUACGAGGUGAUGUUCCGAAUAAUUUAAGCGAUGUGCGCGUUGUGGCGUUGGAUAUGGGAGCACUGAUUGCUGGAGCUAAAUAUAGAGGUGAGUUUGAAGAGAGGUUGAAAGCGGUUUUGAAAGAAGUGGAAGAAGCUGAAGGGAAGGUGAUAUUGUUUAUUGAUGAAGUUCACCUUGUUCUUGGAGCGGGGCGAACCGAAGGGUCCAUGGAUGCUGCGAAUCUUUUUAAGCCUAUGCUUGCUAGGGGUCAACUAAGGUGCAUUGGUGCAACUACUUUGGAGGAGUAUAGGAAGUAUGUGGAGAAAGAUGCGGCUUUUGAGAGACGUUUUCAACAGGUUUUGGUGGCUGAACCUAGUGUUCCUGAUACUGUUAGCAUUCUUAGAGGGUUGAAAGAGAGAUAUGAAGGCCACCAUGGUGUUAGAAUUCUUGAUCGUGCUCUUGUCGUCGCUGCUCAACUUUCAAGCCGAUACAUAACGGGACGUUUCUUGCCGGAUAAGGCUAUUGACCUUGUAGAUGAAGCAUGUGCAAAUGUGAGGGUGCAACUAGAUAGUCAACCGGAAGAAAUUGAUAAUCUUGAAAGGAAGCGGAUGCAGUUGGAAGUUGAGCUUCAUGCUUUGGAGAAAGAAAAGGAUAAAGCAAGCAAAGCUCGUCUUGUUGAAGUGAGAAAAGAACUUGAUGACUUGAGAGAUAAACUUCAACCACUAAUGAUGAAAUAUAAGAAGGAAAAAGAACGUAUUGACGAAAUUCGAAGGCUGAAACAGAAAAGGGAAGAGCUUUUGGUGGCCCUACAAGAAGCAGAAAGAAGAUAUGAUCUAGCAAGAGCUGCAGACUUGAAAUAUGGAGCGAUUCAAGAGGUGGAGACCGCGAUAGCAAAACUCGAAGGGACGACAGAUGAAAAUGUAAUGCUGACAGAGACGGUGGGACCGGACCAGAUUGCUGAGGUGGUGAGCCGGUGGACUGGUAUACCUGUGACUAGGCUUGGAACCAAUGAGAAAGAGAGGCUUAUUGGCUUAGCCGACAGGUUGCAUCAGCGAGUAGUGGGACAGGAUCAAGCGGUUAGUGCUGUCGCCGAGGCAGUUUUGAGGUCUCGGGCUGGUUUGGGAAGGGCUCAACAGCCAACCGGUUCGUUCCUGUUCUUGGGUCCUACCGGUGUUGGGAAAACGGAGCUUGCUAAGGCUCUUGCAGAGCAGCUUUUUGAUAAUGAAAAACUCAUGAUUAGGAUUGAUAUGUCUGAAUACAUGGAGCAACACUCUGUUGCCCGAUUAAUCGGUGCUCCACCUGGUUAUGUCGGUCAUGAAGAAGGUGGUCAACUUACUGAAGCUGUGAGGAGAAGACCUUACAGUGUUGUAUUAUUUGAUGAAGUAGAGAAAGCCCAUCAAUCAGUUUUCAACACACUACUUCAAAUGUUGGAUGAUGGAAGGUUGACCGACGGUCAAGGUCGGACUGUUGACUUCACCAAUACAGUCAUCAUCAUGACUUCCAAUCUUGGAGCUGAAUAUCUGUUAAAAGGGUUGUCUGGGAAGACCACAAUGGCCAAUGCUCGUGAAAUGGUGAUGCAAGAGGUGAGGAGGCACUUUAAACCGGAGCUAUUGAACAGGCUUGAUGAGAUUGUGGUUUUCGAUCCUCUUUCUCAUGAUCAAUUAAGAAAAGUUGCUAGACUUCAGAUGAAAGAUGUGGCUGCUCGUCUUGCUGAGAGGGGUAUUGCUUUGGGAGUUACAGAAGCCGCUUUAGAUGUUAUAUUAAGCGAGAGUUAUGAUCCGGUCUAUGGGGCACGGCCGAUCAGGAGGUGGCUGGAAAAGAGGGUUGUGACUGAAUUAUCGAAGAUGUUGAUUAAAGAAGAAAUUGAUGAAAACACAACAGUGUAUAUAGAUGCAAGCGUGAAUGGGGAUGGGUUGAGUUACAGGGUGGAAAAGAAUGGUGGGUUGGUGAAUGCUGCAACAGGGCAGAAGUCUGAUAUACUGAUUGAGGUCUCGAAUGCUAAUGGCGGGACUCGCAGUGAUGCUGCACAGGCUGUGAAGAGGAUGAAGAUUGAGGAGAUCGAUGACAACGAUGAAAUGGAUGAAUAACUGAAAAGCAAAGAUGGUCAAGUCUGAAGGCAUUCUGUUGAUUCUGUGUACUUCUUGUAUGUUAGAUUAGAGGCUUGUCUGUGUUUUACAAGUUGCUUGGUUUACUACUUGUAUGUUAGAUUAGAGGCUUGUCUGUGUUUUACAAGUUGUUUGAUUUACUACUGUUUGUUUUAAUGAGUGGAAAUUAGUAAACCUUUUUCUUUAUACCAA